AUGUCGAAGUCUCAAAUAGCUAGCGCCGGCUACUUCCAGCAGUACGCUUCGCUGACUGCCGAAGAACGAGAGAGUCGACGAGUCAUUUGCGAUGCAAAGAUCGACGAGACUCAAGCUGCCUUUCCUAUCGAGAACGGAUCGUGGGCUUGUCCAGGCUAUGGACAAACCAGAUCCAAGGUCCGAUGCCAUCCAACUUGCGGCCAAGGCUUCCUUCCUGACUGGACAGAGAAGUCGAUUUCAAAGCCGAAAAAGAUGCCGCCCGAUUUAUGGCUCGAUGCGGGGACCCGGCUACGAUCGUCAGAAAAAAUCUCCCGAUCGGAAUGGAGCUGA